AAGAAUUUAUAAAAUAUAAUAUUUUAGGAAUAUAAAAUGGAUGUUAAGGUUAAGGUAAUUGAAAUGUUCAAUGAUAAGUUAGGAUAUGUAUUUAAUAAUUUUAAAAUGAUAAAAGAAAUGCAUACUAAUCUUGAACAUAAUAAAAAUAAAGUUGAAGAAUAUUUAUCUUUGGCUUCUUCAGAAGUACCAUCAAGAAUCCAAGAAACCAUUAAAGAAGUUAAUGAUAUCAUGAAAUCUGCAGAUAGGUUAAAGAAAAGUUGUGAAUUCAUUUGCAUCAAUAUAAAAAAAAAAUUAGAGCAAGAAAAUAAAAUCUGUGAAGUACAAGAUACUAUUGAUGAUAUUACUUAUUUAGCAAGAUUAUUUUUAUAUUUGCAAUUUGUUCAAUUUAUUGAAGAUAUAAGUGUAGAAUUAGAAGUAUCGUUAAUUUCUGGAAAUGAUGAGGCUUGUGUUUCAUCAUAUGUCAUUUUAAAAGAAUCUUGUCAAAAUGUUCAAAUUUCAUUAUGUACAAAUUUGAAAAAUUAUAUAAAUAACACUCUACAAUUUUGGUAUAAUCAAAUUAAGAAAAACUUAAUUGAGGAAUAUAGUGAAACAUUAAAAACUCUUAAGUGGCCUUUUUGUGGAAAUAAUUCACAGGCCAUAAAUACGCAUACUCAAGAGUCUAUUACCAGAUUUAAAAUAAUAACACAACAUUUGUUUCAUUUACAAUUGCCUGAUAAUAUGAUUGAUAAAAGAUCAUCAGAGUUUUUAUCUAGUUUUUCAACAGUAUGCUUACCAGUAGCUUUACUUAUUCAUCCAUUAAAACAAAGAUUUUUAUAUCAUUUUACUGGUAUUAAGCAGACAAACAGGCGAGACAAACCUGAAUGGUUUUUUACACAAAUAUUAACUUGGAUUAAAAAUCAUUCAGAGUGGCUAGAAAACAUUGUUCAGCCGGUAGCUGAUGCAGCUGGAUUAAAGAAUAUAAAUAUAAAAGUAGAAUUUAUGAGGGCACUGGUGUCACUAGCAGUUGAAAAAUUAAAUUCUGAACUUUGUAUUGUUCAAUAUGAUGACUCUUUAUUUGCUCAUACUGUCGAUGAAGCACUUGGUUUUGAGAGAGAACUAAAAGGUAUUCUUUUAUAUCCAUCUGCAGAUCUUGCUAUUGUUUUUGUCUUGACACAACCACAAUUUUUUAUUAAAUGGAUCACAAUGGAAAAAAAAUAUGCUACUGAAAAAAUGGAUGCGAUAUUGAGUUCAGAGACAGCUUGGUCUAGAUUACCAGGUUUUGAAACAGAUGAAAUGAAAGUUACUGAAUGUUCGGAAGCAUUCUUGAUACUUUUAAGUACAAUUUCUGAUAGAUAUAACCAUUUACCUCAACCAGGUCAUAGAUUACAGUUUUUAGAUUUACAAUUAGAACUAAUAGAUGAUUUUAGAGUACGAUUGUUACAAUUACUGCGUGAAAACUACAAAGAUCCUCUUUUAUCUUUAAUGCCUUCAAUUCUGAAUACACUAUAUUAUGUUUCUAUUGUACUUCAAAAUUGGGGUAUUACUGUUCCAUUUUUAAAAUUAUAUUUUUUUAAAAAACAAUUUGAAAAUUUUGGGACAAUAAUGCAUGAUGAUGCAUUCACAAAACCUUUAGUAGAUGAUAAUGAACACAAUUUAACUGUUUUUGAUGAAGUUAUAAGUCUUUUGCAACGAUUGGAAAAGAAACUUAUGAUAGAAAUUGGUGAUUCAGUAUUUGCAGAAAUAACUGCAAAAAGUAAAUUAUACUGCAAUGAAAAAUGGUUUGCAAUGUCAUCAGAAAAAGAUGUAGUUUCAUUAUCAAUAACUGCAAGUGGUUGCUCCAUGUUUCAAGAAAUAGUUAACCAAUUACAUGCUCUUCACAAUUCAUUAGCAUUACCUUUAUUUGAACAAUCAUGGCAAAAUUUAGCAAUACGAUUGGAUCAAUACUUAUUAGAUGAAAUUAUUCUUCGAAAUAAAUUUAAUACUGGUGGUGCAUUUCAACUACAAUUUGAUAUUAAAAGAAAUUUACUUCCGCUUUUUGGUUUAUACACAAAUAAAAUUGAAUUAUAUUUUGCUCUGACUGUUGAAGCUUGCAUUUUGUUAAAUAUGUUACCAGGUGCAGCUUUUCUUUUAAUAGAAACUUUAGAAAAUGCAGAUGAAGACACAAGAACUGAAAUUUUAGCAGAUGUUAAAAUUCAACAGCUAACAUCAAAUACUGCACUAAAAAUACUUAAAACUAGAAUGGAUAUAAAUUACAGAUCACAAGAACAAAAAUCUUUUGAGAUUGAUUAAAUUUUGUGUACACAUUAAAUAACAUUACAUAAAUUCAAAUUUUAUCUUUACA